AUGGUUCUUCGACAAUCAAGGCUGUUCAGAAAGAGACUUAUCAUAAGCUUAGAUAUUGCUAUAUCUAUCUAUCUAUCUAUCUAUCUAUCUAUCUAUCUAUCUAUCUAUCUAUGUCUGUUCAGUAUCUAUCUAUCUAUCUAUCUAUCUAUAUCCCUGCUGUCUGUUCAGUAUCUAUCUAUCUAUCUAUCUAUCUAUCUAUCUAUCUAUCUAUCUAUCUAUGUCUGUUCAGUAUCUAUCUAUCUAUCUAUCUAUCUAUCUAUCUAUCUAUCUAUCUAUCUAUCUAUCUAUGUCUGUUCAGUAUCUAUCUAUCUAUCUAUCUAUCUAUCUAUCUAUCUAUCUAUCUAUGUCUGUUCAGUAUCUAUCUAUCUAUCUAUAUCCCUGCUGUCUGUUCAGUAUCUAUCUAUCUAUCUAUCUAUCUAUCUAUCUAUCUAUAGAUAUAAUAGACCAGUUCAUGAAGAUUUUCAUGCAUCUAAAUUCCAAUAUAACUAUUCCAUCUAUCUAUCUAUCUCAUUCUAUUCGCUUCUAUCAACCUCAUUCUUUUCGCUUCUAUCAAUCUCAUUCGGUUCGAUUUUAUCUAUCUAUCUAUCUAUCUAUCUAUCUAUCUAUCUAUCUAUCUAUCUAUCUCAUUCUGUUCACUUCUAUCAAUCUUAUUCUGUUCGAAUCUAUGUAUCUAUCUAUUUAUCUAUCUAUCUCAUUCUGUUCGCUUCUAUCUAUCUCUCAAUUUCUCUCUCUCUCUCUAUAUAUAUAUAUGUGUAA